CUAGUGGGACAGAGUCUGGUAAUGAGGAUGAAAAUAAGUUAGCAUUUUAUCCUUUUACAUUUUCCCAAAAAUCUCUAUCAACGUCAAGACCUGGAACUCCUACAACACCACCACCUUGUACACCAAAUUUUUUUUCCACGUCUACAGCAAGAUCAUUAAUGUCUCAUCAUCCUCAACGUAUGAGAAGGAUGAGUUUGGAUGUGGAUAGUAAUGGUGAACCAAGAAUUGAAAAACCCUCACCAAUCCAUCGUGCUGUCAGGGCAAGGAGGGCUUCUCUUUUGCCAAAAACAAAAUCAUUUCAACGAGUUGUCAAUGAACUUCAAGAAGAAUUACAACCAAUUGAAACGGAAAUUAAGCAAGAAUAUAAAACUACCAAGGUUCUUAAGAAUGAAUGUGAAAAUCAUAUGGAUACUGGGAAAUUACCUGAGGAAUUUUUAAAUAAUUGGAUCAAAUUUCGAGAUAUUCAACCAUCACCACCUCCUUAUGCUGCUUCAAAACUAAAUCCUGAAGUUGACAUGUCGUUUCGGCAAGAUACUCCUUCACCGACGUCUUCUGUUGGGCCUUGGCCUAUAAGUGGUAGAAUAAAGCGAAAAGCAUCAGAUGAUCGUUUUGAGCCUUAUUUCAAUCCGAAAAGACGGGCUGUUUCACCGAGUUUGGUCGGUAGCCCUGUUCCAUCUCCUCCAACUGUCGCUAGUUCACCAUCGUUUUCAGGAUCAGCUGCAUCGUCUAGUGGAAACAGAGGACAAAUUAAGGGGAAUAGUAAUUUGGUGAAUAUGCAAGACGCAAAUGGAAGUUUUAGUAGGAUGAAUUUGAAUGGAGAAUAAUGAAAUAUGAGGAGAGAGAAUGAUUUUGCGUAUAAUAGUUAGAUUAAUCAACUUAAUCAUUACAUUAGAAGUAAUUUCGAACAUUUUAAAAAUUAAUUUUUCUUUUUUUUUUAACAAAAAAAAGGGUAUACAAAACUGUAAAUAUUUUCAUAAUAACUAUAUCUCUUUUUGUAUGCCCUUACACUUACCUUACUUCGUUGUAUAUAGUUUUUUCUCUUUAAAACCCAUAUUUUUGAGCAAAAAUCAUAUUACAAUCAUGGACAUUUAUUUAAUAAAAUUAAUUUUCGGUUUAAAUUUUAAAUUUUUACGAAUUCUGCUGUAAUAAUAAUAAAUUAAAUGCUUGAAUUAGGGCAAUUUCCAAAGUUGGUCCUCGACUCCUCGUUUUGUGAAAUAAAUAAAAAUUUGGGGGAACGAACAAUAUUAUGUAAACGAUAAGAUUAUAGAUAGCUCAAAUCCUAAGAUGAAAUAGAGUCGAUUGUUAAUUUU